UUAUGUGCAAACGCUAAUAUGUAAUCACAACUCGAUGAGCGAUGCAUUUUAGGCAUAUAUUUUCAGGGAAUCACAGUUGCAAAAUACGUUGUCUGCCAGACGCGCCUUAUGUAAUUCUGUCGCAUGUUGAAAUGUGUGUGAAUCCGUGUGAUAUUUGAUAAAGAUGGACAACAGCAGAACACAUCAUGAAAGACAUUGACACAAGAGGGAGUGACAAAGAUGAUACCUGGUGUGAUGGGACAGAGAACGAGGAAGAGGAGGUUCCUAUAAGAAGAAGUUUCUCUGUGGAGGAUCUUCUGGAUGAGGUGGAGAAAAUCAGCAAUGUUGCCUCUGGAGGCUCAAAGGUGAAGGUGGUGGUGAGACUGUGGAAGGAUGGCUUCACCCUGAAUGACGAGGAGUUCAGGAGCUACUCUGUACAGGAGAACCAGGAUUUCCUGGAAGCCAUCAAACGAGGUGAGCUGCCUGUGGAGUUGGAGAGCAGGGCAGAGGAGGAGGAACUGGAGGUGAAUGUAGAGGAUCUAACAGAGGAGGCGUAUGUUCCCAGGAAGAAGACCUUUCAUCCCUUCAGUGGGCCAGGGUACAGGCUGGGCAGUGUUGCUCCCAGAGUAGUGGUCCGGUCUCCAUCGGUGCACGAGGAGGGGGAGUUCCUCCCGAUCCCCAUGAUAACACUGGACCACGGCCUCCCUGUCACCUCUCUGCAAAUCUGGUUGGCUGACGGCAGGAGGCUGGUGCAGAGGUUCAACCUAUCACACAGGAUUAGUGACGUUCACGACUAUGUCCAGCGCUGUCAGAGGAACGGCUCACCUUUCAUCUUGACCACCUCACUUCCUUUCCGCGAGCUCCGGGAGGAGGAGCUAAGUCUGGAGCAGGCGGACCUAGCUAAUGCUGUCAUUGUCCAGAGGCCCCUCAACACAGAGCCCCCCUUUGGACACUCCUGAGUCCUGACCAAUUGGAACAUUCACAGAGACCCUGAAAUCCCACCCACUGGUCACACAGACCCUUUUCCCAACAGAAACAUCCCUCUUAGUUCACUCCUGAAGUGAAGGCAAUACUCAUAUACAGUAGUCCCUCUGGUCUGUCCAGGGUGGAGAUGUUGCUCCCAAUCCCCAGUCACAGCCCCCCUUAUAUUCAUCCAAGCCUCCUCUACUCCCCUCUUUCCUCUGUAGCUGCUGACGUCUCACAUCACUCCUUGAGCAUCAACAGGGCUCCAACUGACUCCACUACCGCUCUAGCAAUGUGAUGAAAACCCAACACAGCCAAUUCAGCCGUAUCUUCCUAUGUGUCUAUCAAUCAGUGCUGUAAAAUGUUCCCUAAGCUCAACAUGUCUUCCUAUUCUGUAACUAUUACCAAGGAUAUGGAAUACACUGUGAAUGUUGUGCACUAUUUUAAAGUGCAUUAAUGUUGUGUUUGAUUGGUGGUUAUUAAGCGGCGAUAGUCUAGCGUGCGUCAAGAAAACAUUCUGCAUCAUCAUUCUGUCUUUAUGGAAAAGGUGCAAUCACAUUUAACAUUUUGACUGCAGUGGGCUAAGUCAGGGUCACAGUGUUUCCUGGUAGUCUUAAACAAAUAUACUUAGAAACGAAAGUAUACACCUCACACAUGGAAACGGAGUCGAUGUCUUUAAAUGUACAGUACACUAUGCACCACACCUGCUUACUUCCUGAUCAAUAAUAAACUACGUCCUUCAACUAUCCAA